GUGAAACGGAGUAACUUUGCAUUCCUAGCUUCCAGGCACAACUGCUGUUGUGUGGGUUUGUGGUGAUCAGAGAUUUUGAAAGAUGGUGCAGACAACAUUUUGGGCUCUGAAGAAGCAUUUUGAAGGCUUCCCUAAACUAAGUGAUUUUGAGCUCAAAGAGGCAGAAUUACCAGCACUGAACAAUGGAGAUGUGCUGCUCGAAUCUGUGUUCCUCAGUGUUGACCCCUACAUGAGACCCUACAGCAAGUUAAGGAUGAAGGAAGGGGAUGUGAUGAUAGGAAGCCAAGUGGCAAGGGUUGUGGAAAGCAAGGAUCCUGCAUAUCCUGUAGGGACCUUUGUUGUGGCUGCUGCAGGCUGGAUAACUCGCUUUGUUUCCCGCGGCAAAGAUUUACAGCGAAUGACCCCUGACUGGCCAAAGGAGCUUCCCAGAUCUCUGGCUCUUGGAACAAUUGGCAUGCCUGGGCUUACUGCAUAUUUUGGCCUUUUUGAGGUUUGCAAGAUUAAAGCGGGAGACACCGUACUGAUCAACUCUGCAGCUGGCGCAGUGGGCAGCGUGGCUGGUCAGAUUGCUAAACUGGCUGGUUGCGAAGUGGUGGGCUGUGCAGGUUCGGAUGCAAAAGUGGCCUUUCUCAAAAAUCUUGGCUUUGAUGCUGCCUUUAAUUACAAGACAGUCGGAUCUCUGGCGGAGGCUCUGAAGAAAGCAUCUCCCAAUGGUUACGACUGCUUCUUUGAUAACGUGGGAGGCGAGUUUAGCAGCGUUGUCCUGGAGCAAAUGAAGAAAUACGGGAGGAUUGCAGUAUGUGGUGCUAUCUCGUUGUACAAUGACCAAGAGAUCCAAAAAGGACCUUAUGUCCAGCUCCUUAUGAUCCGGAAUGAGCUCCGCAUGGAAGGCUUCCUGGUAACACAGUGGGAAAACAGGAAGGAAGAAGGUCUGAAAGCUCUGUUGAAAUGGGUCAUGGAGGGAAAAAUUAAGUGGGAAGAAUACGUCACUGAAGGAUUUAAGAACAUGCCAGCAGCAUUUUUAGGAAUGCUAAAGGGAGACAACACCGGCAAGGCAAUCAUAAAAGUGUAAAAGGCACAUGGCUCUUCCUUCCAAUAAUUUUAGCACACUGAAUUCCUACCUACACCUUCUUUAAUUGCACAUUGUCUCUUGGCCAGAAGCUCAUUCAUAAACAUGCUUGAUUUUGUAAUAAAACAGACAUAAGCUAAUAUGACACAGUUAUGGCAACAGCCUUGGUUAGUUUAUUGCAUCAGAUCCAACAGUCAAACUAGCUACAGUGGAAGCUGAUGGGUGUGUUGAAACCUGAAUCUGUGAUCACUUAACUGAGUCCCCCUUGUAACUUCCUAUGGCUGCUGUUUGCAUAGAAAACAGGAAGCUCCCACAUUAAUGGUGCUCAUUCCAAGACCAGCUCAGGGUAGUCCAGGUAGGGAUGCCAGCUUCUAGGGGGAAAUUCAGCAACAACAUCCGUGACAAAAACAA